GACGGUCCCGAUCCCCGCAGCACCUCUCAUUACCCUUGCGUUCGCAACCUGCUCGAUCCAGGACCAUGGAACUUGAUUCCGCAGCAGUUUGGCAACCUAUCAUGAAAGGAUGUAAGCCGUCCUCGUCCUUACGGGUCGCAGGUGCCUCUUCGCCGUACGAUGUAAACGUCCGGCUAGGAAGAGGGACAGACUUAGGAGAACCGUUGAGGAAAAACAUCGAGGAUGUAUAUUGGGAAAAUAUGGACGAGCUCGUCAAACCGACCUCACUCUAUUCUCCACCAAAAGACAAACACCUGGAACUGUUCGAUCCGGAGCAAUAUUAUCUUCUCUUUCACCCUCCUUCCCAGCCGACGGUGCUGUUGGCAUACGUCGCGUUGAGGGUGUGCAAGGAGGAUACAAAGGAUUCGCUGGAUACGGGAGACGAGGGGAAACAGGUGGACGUUCUCUACAUAUAUGAGCUGCAGACGGUCAAAGGAAAUCAAGGACAGGGACUUGGUUCGGCGUUGCUCGAAGAAACGAUGACAAUAGCGGAAAAGAUGGGGGUGUGCAAGGUCGUCCUGACUUGUCUAAAACGCAACGUCCCAGCUCUACGAUUCUACAAGAAGCACGGCUUCAAACCCGACGAGAUCGACCCGACCUACUCUUACCGUCUCUCGCUCUUCACCCGGCUGUUACAAAGACAGCGUAAUACGAAAGGAGGCGUAAAGAACAAGUCGGCGCUGUUGAAAGAGGUCGACAAGGACUGGGUCGAGGGCGACCUGGAGGGCAGGGAAGAUGCGGAUUAUAGGAUCUUGAGUAGGAGGGUCGAGAGCAAGGCAGAGACGUCGAGCUCGAGCUGAGGGGUGGUCCAGGAGGCCGGCAUCUCAUAGACCUGGUCGAUCGAUGGAUUGAUGGGCGGGUUCAGGUGAGAAAAGGUGAACCGACUACGCAUAGCGCUCGAGACUCGAUCGGCGGCCCUCUCGUCAGCACGACCGAAUGUAGUAGGUCGGCACAUAUAUCAAUCCCAUUGACCGUGAUACUAGAGGCUAGAGGCUAGAGGAUUGUCUUGUGGAAAGACUUUCCGUAUCGACCAGCUACUACU